AUGCUGUUCAACAUGUGGUGCACCAUCUGCGAAGAAUCGUCAAUGAGCCCAGUUCACAUCGUUCUUGAAUACCCAGACGGCCACAAGAUGCUCUACAAGUACUUUGCGAGCGACCCGGACAAUAAGCUCCAGCUGUCCAUUUCGCCCUGCGAGACGGUCCCAGACACCUACACCAUGAUUGCGAGGAUGUUUGAAAAGGAUGUAGCAAAAGUCGCAAAAGUUUGCUCCCUUCCCCAGCUCACAGAGAGAAUGAAAUCGCCCAAGGACUGGGUAAAUAAAAUCAUCGUGAAGCUCUGCACAAAAGAGCUCGUCAACAUAGAGGCCGAGAUCCUGUGGCGGCACCUCCUGGGCGCCGAAUUGCACUCUUAUCAGGUCAACUAA